AUGAAGCAGGCGUGCACCAAGUGGAAAUUUUAUCGGCAGAGUCCGAAAGUGCGCAAUGAAAUAGUUCCAAGAGUAAAAAUGGGCGUAAGAGCGCGCGAAACAGUCUCCCGAAACGAUAUCGAAUCAAAACUUGAUAAACGCAGUCGAGUUCAUUCCACAGACGAUGACGACGCUACGCCGAAAGUUAGAACUAGAUCAAAAUGUACAUCUCUCUCUGUGGACGAAGAAUUAAAAGAGGAUAACAUAGACAGUUCACCAAGUAGCGGAAAGUACCUUGAGACAGAAGCAGCGCGAAACGUUUCACUUAGCGACACCCCGAAAAGAUCAAGAACUCAGAAAACCGGUCGCAAGGCAAUUUUAACCAUGUCUAAUAAACGCGAAUCGGUACGCAAACAUGAGAGUAAAGCUAACAAGGUGGAAGUUGCACGUAAAACUGGCAAAAGUUCGCCCGUGAAAACUGGUCGAGUAAACGGUGACACUGCCGAGUCACCAGUGGUGCCGAAUGGCUUGAGUACACCGAAGGGUCGUGGGCCAUUGAGGCACAGCGCUUUGACACCGUCUAUGAAAAUGAGAACUGACAUGCUGGUUAAGCCAACAACGCCAUUGCAAGAGCUCAGAACUAGGUUGCAUGUCAGUGCAGUGCCCAAGUCGCUGCCUUGCAGAGAAGAAGAGUUCAACAACAUUUAUACAUUCCUGGAGAGCAAGCUAAAGGAUAAUAGCGGAGGAAGCAUCUACAUAAACGGCGUCCCAGGUACGGGAAAAACCGCUACUGUAAAUGAGAUCAUGAAAUGUCUAAAGAGAUCCGUGGAAAAGGGUAAACUGGACUAUUUCGACUUUGUUGAGAUCAAUGGUAUGAAGCUGUCUGAGCCCAGGCAAGCCUACGUGCAGAUUCUAAAGCAAUUAUCUGGGCAAGUUUUAACGUGGGAACAAGCAUAUAAUACGUUAGAAAAGAGGUUUAAUAGUAAUGCUAAGAGGUCAAUGACAUUGCUACUUGUAGACGAGCUUGAUUUAUUAUGUACAAAACGACAAGACGUAAUAUAUAAUCUAUUGGAUUGGCCUACAAAAGCCUCUGCUCGAUUAGUAGUUAUUACUAUUGCCAAUACUAUGGAUCUUCCAGAAAGAGUUUUAAUGGGUAGAGUCACAUCGCGAUUAGGUCUUACCCGCGUAACUUUCGAACCAUACAAUUAUAAGCAAUUGUAUGAGAUAGUGUUAACCAGACUUAAAAACACAGACAUUUUUGAGAAUGAAAUUAUACAAUUAAUUGCACGUAAGGUAUCUGCAGUAUCAGGCGAUGCUCGCCGUGCUCUGGACAUUUGUCGCCGAGUGGCAGAAAUCACGGAAGCGCGCAAUAAUACUACAGUAAGCGUACAAGAUGUGAAUGAGGCUUUGUCAGAGAUGAUAAUAAAUCCAAAAGUUCAAGCGAUAAAACAUUGUUCAAAAUUCGAACAAAUAUUCUUGCAAGCCGUAUGCGUGGAAGUCAAGCGAAUUGGCGUGGAAGAAGUUUGUUUUAUAAAUGUUUACAAACAGUUUGAAUCUCUAUGUUCCUUCGAUGGUUACAAAACUCCCAAUGUUACUCAGGUGCUUGAUAUUUGCGCAAAGUUGGGUGACUACAGAUUGUUGAUAUGCGAAUAUUCAGGUAGCGAUAUACAUCAAAAGAUUCUGCUGAAUACAUCAAAGGAUGAGAUGCAUUAUGCAUUACAAGAAGUUGAUAUUGAUUGAGGACGUGCAAAAUUUGGAUAAAUGCUCACUCUUUAUUAUUAAUUUAAUUUAUUAUAUCAAUUAGUUUAUUUCUUUUUGUACAAAGAAUGAGAUAUGCGUGCUUUUUUUAUGAACUGUGACUUUACAAUUUGCUCGUCGUUUACUCUCUACCUCGCGCAGAUAUAUUUUCAUUGUAAUAUUGCAAUAAAAAAAAUUGAAAUGUAAAUGCAAUUUCUAAUAAUUUCAUUUUCGUUUCUAUUUUGGGCGAUAUAUCGUGUCGCAGUAAAAUAGCGUCUAGUGAACGAAUAUCCUUAGAAAUAUAUGUUCGACUGUAUGGCAA